UCUGCUCAUUCAUCUCUCUGUUAUGAUUUUUUUCAUGUCCUGCAUUUCCCGCCACUCAGGCCUCGGUAUGAAGAACGGAGCUUCGCGCCAAAAUGCCGGCGUUAUUUAAAUCAGUUACGUGGGUGCGGCCCAACCGUCUCCAUGUCCUGUUAACCUCCUGUGAGCUUCAACCGAGCUAUCAGAACACAAAGGGAGAGCCAACAGUCGGAUGAACCCAAAGGGUGUGAACUCUGCACUGAGACGGUAAAGACUGGCCUCUCCUCUACUGGCCUCUAGUGGCUACAAAGGGGAAAUGCAGGAACUUGAAACCCCUCCCACUUUGGUGACUUCACUGGUAGUGAAAGCGGAGGAAACUGGAGUAUACAGAGAAAAUGUGGAGAACAUGCAAACUCCACACAGAGAUGCCCAUCCAAGUGGAGAUUCGAACCCAGAUAUUCCGGAUCUCAUUAUUGAAUGAUGAUCAAUCUCGGCAAAAUCAACCUCUUCCAUGAAAGAACCACUUCUUGAGUCAUCAAUGUCUGCUCAGCAUCAUCUACACAGAAAGCCAUCUGUUGCUUUAAAUGAUCUGUUUGUGGUAUUAUAAGUGAGUAUAAUACAUUUAAGAUCUUCAAAGCAUAAUCAACACUUUCAUCUUGGUUCCCUGGAUCAUGUACCUGUUUCUGAACUGGUUCUUCAUCAUGCAGGUGUACCUAUUAAAGUGCCUUGUGAGUGUAUACUGACUGUUGUCAUCGUGACCAAUCAGAUCCAAGAUGUGGGGGUCCCGCCCAGCCCAGUCUGGCUCUGUGGGUGUUGCCUGGCAACAGCAAGUGCUGCUCCGUAAUUCAAUCGUUGGCGCAAGCCUGCAGGGGCUCACAUAAGAUGAGGUGAAGGUAUUGCAUGCAUCGUGACACAGUUCUGCUUUGAGACAUCGAUAUACACCGUCCAGUCAGAUGCUCUGCUGCUCCAGGGAAUUAUAAACCCCAAGGGUUAAAAAGAGAGGACGUCCCACUGACUUGAAGUCAGUAGUGUGUGGACGAGAGAGGAAAGGGAAGCAUAGAUGAGCUGGAUGAGGAAGAAAACGCUCACGAUGCUGCAGAUCUGGUCCACUGCGGUCUGACUGCAUUUACUUUGCUGAGUGCAUGGGAGCUUACCUCAAAAUUGUUAAUAUGCAUGAGUGACGCAGCACUUUGGCACCAACUCCUGGCAGACAGAGAGCGAGAGAGAGAGAGAGGGAAGGAGGGAGACUACACACACAUUUAAGACGUGUGUUGUUGCGGAAAAAAGUGGGCAAAAAUGAACGGCGAAACUUUGACUGUCAGCGGACAGAACAGAAACUGUACGAGUAGCAGCUGGGAAGAUGCUGGCAGAGUUGGGAAGCCCUCUACUCCAACACGGAAACCUCAACCUCCCAAACCGGAGUACGCCAUCACCGUCGCCGUGUCGUCACGAGUCCUCUUCAACAUGGAGCUGGAGCAGCAGAUUUAUGAACAACAAGGCAUGGAGGAGUAUCUCAAGUAUCAAGUGGAGCAUGAAAGUGAGCCGUUCAGUCCCGGUCCUGCUUUCUCCUUCGUCAAGGCUCUGGAGGCUGUCAACACCCGACUGCGGGAUCUCUACCCUCAGAGCGAGGAGCUGUUUGAUGUGGUGCUCGUGACCAACAACCACGCAUACGUGGGCCUCAGGCUCAUCAAUACCAUCAAUCAUCAUUGCUUGUUCAUUGAACGCUUCUGCAUGACGGGAGGAAACAGUCCUAUAGGUUACUUAAAGGCCUACCACACCAACUUGUACCUUUCUGCUGACUCCACCAAGGUUCGAGAAGCUCUGGAAGAAGGUAUAGCUGCGGCCACCAUGUUCACUCCAGAGAAAAUGAAGGAAGUAUCAGAGACUCAGCUCCGUGUUGCUUUUGACGGUGAUGCUGUCCUCUUCUCAGACGAGUCCGAACGCAUUUUCAAAGCCCAUGGAUUGGACAAGUUCUUUGAGCAUGAGAAAGCUCAUGAGAAUAAGCCUCUGGACCAUGGCCCACUCAAGGGUUUCCUGGAGGCUUUGGGAAAACUACAAAGGAAGUUUUUUGACAAAGGCCUGCGCAUGGAUUGCCCUAUCCGUACCUACCUGGUGACGGCCCGCAGCGCCGCCAGUUCCGGUACCAGAGCCUUAAAAACUCUGCGUUCCUGGGGCCUGGAAAUCGAUGAGGCCCUCUUUCUCGCAGGUGCGCCCAAGGGCCCCAUGCUGGAGAAGAUCAGACCGCACAUUUUCUUUGACGAUCAGAUGUUUCAUGUGGAAGGUGCAGCCGAGCUUGGCACGGUGGCCUGUCAUGUUCCCUACGGUAUUGCUCAGAAAGUUGCAAAGAAAUGACAUUUUCAUUAAUUGAACACUAAGAAGCGGGGGAGUUGAAAAUGUAUGCAUAUUAUUUUACUUCUGUUAAUAAUCAUCUUGUCAAAUUCAUGUCUUGUCACAUGGUAUGUUGAAUUUUUAUGGUCUUGAAUGUCGGUGGCAUGUUAUUAUUGACGAUUCAUGUAUUUUACCACUAUAAAUUUGGCACAGUGGUUGAAAAAAUAUAUAUACAACAGAAACCCAACAGAUUUGAUAUGUUAUAUCAACACUCAUUUAUGAUAGUUGAUUCUCCUGUCUUAUUUGGACAUUUACUUGCAUGACCUACACCUUAAGUAAAUAAAAACAAGCGACACCAUCAGCUGCAGUCAAUCAUGAUCACCGACAAGAAGUUAAUAGGAACCAUUAGCACUACUUUUUUGGGUAUCCUAACUGUAUGAUGGACAGGUGAUCAGUCGAGAGCCCGCUUUGACCCUAGAGAGAAUAAGCAACAUGAAAAAAAUGAAUUGCGGAACUGAGAUUUUAUUGUGAUUUUC